UGGCAACACGGAUACGCAUGGAGCCUCCAUCACCUCUCACUGUCUUUUACGCACCGAGUCCGGUAAUGCGCGCAGGUACCGGGACAUUCUGAGCAACCAAAGUGGACUAGUAUGAAAAACGUGCGCGUGUAGAGAUACGGCACAGAGAGGAGGCACAUUUCCCGUGGACCAGUCUUGCUUUCCCGACAGCGCGCGUCAGCAUGGACGUCCUGGCGAACCACAGUAUCUUUCAGGAACUUCAGCUCGUGCACGACACCGGCUAUUUCUCCGCCAUGCCUUCACUGGAAGAGAACUGGCAGCAGACCUGCCUGGAACUGGAGCGGUAUUUGCAGACAGAGCCCAAGCGUCUGUCGGAGCUCUUUGACCAGGACUUGGAUGGCCUCUUGACCCCCGCCUACCUGAAGGAGGACGGCGAGGAAGAACUAGCAGACGUCUUGCACCCCAACCUACCUGAGCCCUCGAGCCCACCUACAGUGAUACUCUGCCCCACACGCAAAAACUUCACUUUCACUGCAUCAAUAAAAAGAGAACCAAAGGGCCCAGAAGCAACAGAAGGGGUGGAAGGGGUUCACCAAGCCCAGCUAAGUGCAGUUACCUCCCUGACGCCACCCUCGUCCCCAGAACUGGGCCGGCACCUUGUGAAACCCAGCCCAUCGCUGACAUCCUCCACUGAUGGGACGCUCACCCUCAAGCUGGUGGCCAGGAAGGUGGGACUCAGUGCGGCCCGGCUGGUGGCAGCGCACUCGCUUCCCGUCCGAGUGAAGGAGGAAGACGAGGGAGUACCGUGCGUGAUGGGCGAGCUGCCGGAGAACAAGAAAAGGAUCCACCGCUGUCAGUUCAAUGGCUGCAGGAAGGUUUACACCAAGAGCUCCCACCUGAAGGCCCAUCAGAGGACACACACAGGUGAGAAGCCCUACAAGUGCUCAUGGGAAGGCUGCGAGUGGCGAUUCGCCCGGAGCGACGAGCUGACGAGGCACUACCGCAAACACACCGGCGCCAAGCCUUUCAAGUGUAACCACUGCGACAGGUGUUUCUCACGGUCAGAUCAUCUGGCGCUGCACAUGAAGAGGCACAUCUGAGGCAUUCGGGGAGCGGUCUGAAGGGGACGGAGGCAGGGAUGAGGAGAGAGCGAGAGAGAGAGAAAGAGAGAGAGAGGGGAGCGUCACUUGCAGAAAAAGUACCACCGUGGAUCUCAGACGUACGGAUCUUUGAUUUGGGGAUUUUGGGGUUGCAGCACGCCACGGGGUUGAACACAGACCGGCAACAAACGGGUCACACGUGACUCCAUUCACCGUCAACUGCUUCCCGGAAUGGUUGACCUUUAGUUGGCAGCUCUUUGUUUCAACUUCCAACUUUUGCCUCCCUUGCAGUACAAAAUGUCAGGCAUGUUAAUGCAGCAUUGCUUCACAUGCAGCCAAUUUAGCACUUGUAUAUUUUGGUCCUCUUCGAGCUAAACGCCGUCUCACUGGGUUGCCGCAGCCUUUCUGUUCAGUCAAAGGUUACAUAAUCUCAUAUGAGUUUUCCAUUUGACCUCUGACACCUACCAACAAGAGCCAUUUAUGAAUCAUUCUGGUCCGAUGGCGCUUGUUUGAAUCGGAUUUGGAGACGUGACGACGGGAGCAUGUUUCAGCUGGCGGAGGUUGAUUGAGGCCAUCCGUAGAGCUGCGCGGGUCUAUGAACAUCAUCCACUGGGAGUUUCCUCUGGAUGUGGUCAACUAAUCUAUUCCUGGGAAAGAGAGGCCAUCUCCCGAUGAACCGAAGCGUCUGCGGAGACAUCGCACAGCUCCUCAAUGUGGAUCUUUGGAGCUGAAACUGUUGCACAAUUGACUCUUUACAAACCUUUUGUUAAAAAGAAAGGCCCCAGUGCGUCCGACUGGGAGGCACAAGUCGAAGCAUUUUUCUGACUGUAAUAGCACAUCAGACAAGAUCGCUAUGUAUGUAAAGGCUAUAUGUUUCUAAGCAAAGAUCUCCUAUUUGUUCCGAAUAGACCGUUCUGAAGAACUCUUUGGGAAUGGAUGCAGCCAAAUAAAAACUGCAGAUGCCUGAAAUGAUCUCUUGGGCCUCUGAGAGUGAUUGGCAUCUGCCAAGCCAACAGAUUGCUCUCCGUGCAGAACUCUUCCAAUUUAGCAGACUUCCAUUCAAAAUGCUGCCGUCUCACUAAAUCAGGCCCUAUGCAUCUCCUAGGACUUUCCUGAUGACUUCUUGUGAGAUUUAUCUCCAGUUGGACAUAGAAUGGACUCGUCGGAGGACAAAUCCAAUCAAUUGGCGCCGGAUCAAUGUGAAUGUAUCUGUGUAUGUGUCUGUGCACUUGCAUCUGAAAACACGAGAAUGCCGUUGCGGUCGCUUCCGGUUAUAACCACACAUUUCCACUUUACAUGUCAUAGUUAAACUAGGAAGUCACGCCUGGUGGCUUGUGUCACGCAUUGUUCCGGUGGAACGGCAGGGGGGCCGGGAGAGCAGAUUUCUAGAGUGAAGAGGGAGUGAGAGACCUGCACACUCAGCAAAGAUAACUGCCCUCUCAGCUCCUGAAACGACAACAGAGUAAGACCUCUAGAUACAAAGACAUGUAGUCACAUUUGUUCAUGGUGAUCUGACUCCUGAAUCCCAGUUGCCAGCUCUGCUGAAUGCCUUUUGACCAGGCAGCACAGACAAAACAGAGGCUAUGCCAGGAUUCAGGCUGACUGAAACUGCAAUCCUUGACACAAUUGUCGGUCUGCAUUUGAUUAAGAAUUUGGAUUAUUUGAGUCAUAGCCUCCAGUAUGCUAGCGAACCUAGUGAGGACAAGCGGUACAGAAAAUGGAUGGAUGGUGAAUGAUUUAAGUCAAGUGAGGCACAUAGACACCUGUGCUUGUUUCACUUUUAGAAUAGUACCGUAAAUUCCGGAUGAUGGAGCACACCACCUGUGUGUAAGCCACAGGUGUCCAUGUUGUAACAUGGAAUAUUCACACAGAAAGACACACUAUAAACCUUGCAAUCCUACCUACACUCAGUGUUGCCAGCGUCACUCGUUAGCCCCGAUGAGUGAGAUGUGAGACAUUUUUUUUCAUCAGAGAUCAAACAGUGCAAGCAGAAGCUGUAGUAAUUCUACAAUUGAUCAAACAUACUUAAGAUUUGUCAGAUCUGCAUAAGAUUUCAAAAUGUGACAUUAACGUCCACUUUACUACUCCAAUCCACAAAUUCCUGAAUCUGCACCCUAAGCUUCAUGGGAACUGUAGUUCUUUUUGCCAUAAAUUUGCCGUGUCGUUGUUGGUUGUUGUGGAAAAAAGUCCGGAAUUUACGGUAUGUGUGGCUCCUAGCCAGCAGUCCAAGGCUACUUUCACACGACAGGUCAAUCCCAAUUUUUUUGUUCAUAUGUGACCUGUUUCAGAUUUAUUCGUGUCGGUGUCAACAGGACAGUUUUGUUUUUUUUCCAAGUGCGACCCAGGUCUCUUUCAUAUGUGGUCAUGUGUCCAAUGCUACAUCGCAUACAUCCAACCAAAAUAUCAUUGAAAGGUGGCAAAUCUCACAAUUCAUCGCCAAAACAGUCAGUGGCGAAAAGAAGAUGUUUUGGAAUUGAUCGAACUCACCGCUCACAUCAGUGUCCCACCAUUCCUUGGAACAGAUGUCAAAGCAAGUGCCCCACAAACUGCCGUUGCCAAAAUUCUUACCCUCUACCUUCUGCAUCUUGAACGAGGAAUAAUUUGGUUAAGAAAAUGUUGACUCAAGUUGCACAAAAUCUUUGAAAUUGCCACAAAUGCGCCAGGACCGAGACUAUGAAUUGGGGCCAUGUUUACUUCCACUAGCACUCUUUUGUGCGCAUGCGCGUCACUUCAGAAUCGGGCAUCAUACGCUGCAGUAUCAUUACAGAUGAUUUCAUAUGUAACUGGUAUCUGAUUUUUUAAAGUCAGUGUCAUGUGCCCGACGCUACUGUAGCCUGAACGUUGGGGUGGCGUACAUCUGGCCUAUCCGUCAUCAAAAAGCCUGUUUUGCAUUGUGAGAGUUGGGGAAAGGUACUCGCAGAUGUGGGCAAAAGUUUAUUUUUGUCCCCCGAAACUUAUUUUACAAAUCUGUAUCAGUGAAGCGGCUCACGUCAACGCCCCACCACUCCUGGUUCCAGCUCCUAAGCACCCACAUGCUCCGUGGAACAGAUGUCACAGCAAGUGAUCCACAAACUGCCAUAGCCAAAACCGUACCCUCUUCCUUCUUAAUCUCCGACACCAAAUAAUUUGGUUAAGAAAAUGUUGACUCCAGUUGCCACAAAUGUGCCAUGACUGGGGCACAUUUUUUUUGUAAUGUACAUAAAAAGAUCAAGUUUGAAGACCCUGCCGCGUGAACGUAGCCCCAGUGUUCAGUCCAGGUCUGGAUUCAACAAAAUGAAGUUGGUUUGCACCAUCAAUGGCAGCUCUACGUGUGUUUCAAUAGCUCCAAUGUUGACAUGAAUGGUUGUGUGGCGAUGUGGUUUUCGUUCUCAUGGACUGGAACACCGGAAUAUUCCCCGAAAACCGGGUUGUCUAGAAGCGACUCAACUAAUUCUUCUUCUCACUUGUGCACCGGAAGACUUUCGAAAUGUGAAUGUUUACUUUUUAAUUUAUUUGAUUUCUGCUGUUCACUACUGUGUCAUUUUAAUGAAUGAUUGUCACUUCUGCUGUGCCUGUGUGUACUUUUUUUGUCUGUAUUUGCACUCCAAUUUUGGAAAAAAGUCACUAUCAUAUCUAAUGUUUUGUGUCCACUCGUGCACAUGGCACCAGCGCCACCACCACUGCAUCUCUGUACAGUUGCUGUUUUAUACACACACGUGUGCACAUACAUGCGAGCACACCCUCAGCGCCUGCAUGCACGCAGACACUCCCUACACAUGCAGGCGAACACACACACACACACACACACACACACACACACACACUGGCUCAGCCUUGAGGUGCAGGCUGCAGCUCUCCUGAA